UAGAGUGUAAAAUCGUAGUAGCUUUUCAUUGCGCGAAUCUUUCAAACCCGAUUUUGUGUCUCCCCGCUGCGGUCAGUGCCUCUCGGGAACCUGUGCGAGCGUCCGGAUUAUUCGUCAAGAUUAGUUUUUUUGGUUGGUGGUCUCGCGUAUUCGAUGGUUACCGUUGGAUAAAGAGUGUCUGGAGCUGGAGUAGUCUGCGGGUUUUUUAAAAGGUUCGUCGAAGAAAGGAUUUUUUUUGUUUUUUUUCUCCCCCGACAUCCGCGCCUUCCGAAAUCCGAACGGACCACUAUUACUGUGGCCAUCGUCGUCGCCGUGUGACCCCUCCGGAAGCGCCCCUGCAAUUGGUUGACCAAUUGCUCACGCACCAGGAAUAGAACCCAGUUUUAUUUUUUUCGUCGAUUGCGAAACCAUACUCGGGUUGAACGGGGUUGAAAAAAGAGGAGAGAAAAAUUAUCCGUCGUUCCUCCUCCUGCCUGCUGCUGCUGGGUCGAAAUGCUAAUGGUGUCUCUUCUAAUGCAUCCACAGUUUGGUGAAUUUUGACAGGAAAAAGCGAAAUUUGCACUGCACCCGCAGGAAACAGGAAACGGAAGUGUCACGAAAGUCAAUGUCCCGCAAUCAUCCGAGUAGGCUGUGAGCAAAUUGGAUCCCCGAAAGAAGAAAGAAAAAAAAGUCGACACAAAUCGGUUUCCAAGGUGAAGGAAGGGAACCAGAAGAGAAGGGGGUUUGUGAAAAAAAAAUAAAAAAAGUUCUUCAAAUUGUGGCCAAAGUGAAAGGAAGUGGCAGUGAGUUGUGGGAGGCAAAACCACCAGCUUCAAGUGCAACGACGACGACGAGAUGUGCUGAACGGCCAAAAGUUCUCGCUUUUUGAGAGUGCUUCUUGAGUUUAGAGUGCGAGCAAAUAAAUUGGAGGAAAAAAGAAUUAGGAAGCGAAAAACGUCAUCGACCCGAAACAGCCGUGUUCGCCUACUUUGUUUUGGAUAUCGAAUUACUACAACAACGGAACGAAGGAGCCUUCGCAGGUGAAUGUCGUCGAAACGGAAAGGAUAACCGCAACGCAACACACACCGCGAGAGAAAGACCUGUCGGAGAAGUAACGGAACUCCGGAACGGCUCCCCUUCUCCAGGUGUGGUGUCGAAACCAUCGAGUCCCAUCUCUCCCGCCCACGCACCCACCCCACCGAUCAUCGCGGUGAUCAGUUCAGGUCAUGGUGAUUAUAAACAAUAGAGAUGAUUAUUUAUCCUUCCUGAAAGUGCCAGGAGUAAGAAUGCAAACUGCUGUAGUGAGCAACAACAACUCCUCGACGACGACACUCACCAGGGACUCGCAGGUCCAGCAGCAGGUUCAGCAACAGCAGCAGCAAAACAACAACAAUAACAACAACAACAUCGCGUUGCAGAACAAUACUAACGGCAGCAGCAACAACAACAACGGCAUCAACAGCAACGGAGUGAAUGUCAACAACAACAAUAACAACAACAACAUUAACAACAAUAACGGCCUCCCGGGACUGGCCAAGGCGGUGCUGAUCUGCCGGCAGAAUUCGCACCCCUUCAAUAACCGCACCCUAUUUCUCGAACCCCACCAGGAGGUCAAGGUUGGCCGGUCCGUCGCGCGGAACCGCGUCUCGGAGAACAAUGCCAUCUUCGACUGCAAGGUGCUGUCGCGGAACCACGCCGUCCUGUGGUACAACGACGGAAAGUUCUUCAUCAAGGAUACGGGCAGCAGUAACGGUACCUUCAUCAACAAUGUGCGCCUCAGCCAGACGAGCACCGAGUCGGAACCGUACGAGGUCAGCUCGGGCGACAUUGUCCAGUUUGGGGUGGACGUUAUGGAGAAUACGCGCCGCGAAACGCACGGCUGCAUAGUGGCCACGCUGAAGCUGUUCCUGCCGGAUGGGCGCGAAACCAAGGCGAGCCAGUCGAUCGGGGUGGGCGGCCAGAGCACGAAGAUUCCGCCGGUGGAUCUGUACCGGCUCAACCAGUACAUCCAGGAGGCGAACCAGCGCGAGCAGAUUCUGGAGACGAAGCUGACGAGUCUGCAGAAGAUGGUGGAGGCGACCAAACAAAACUCGGCCCUCGGCUGGCAGGCCAUGAUCGACGAGGACCGGCUGCUCAGCCGCAUCGACAUGCUCGAGAAGAAGCUGCAGUACUUCCAGAAGGGCAUGACCGACGACAAGCUGCGCGAGGAGGUGCUGAAGCUGCAGGACGAAAAGUACCAGUACCAGAACUCGGCCAAGGAAACGCUGUGGAAGGUGCACCAGGAGCGGCUGGACGCGACCCACAAGCUGACGGCGAUCGAAAAGGCCCUGUGCAGCAGCGAGGACGAGUGUUCGUUUUUGCGCGAGCAGCUCAGCAAGACGCAGCUGCAGUUACAGGAAGUAACUGGCAGACUGGAUGCACUGCAAAAUCAGUACGACGAGCGGGUUUCGGCCGGCGAGGAGCAGCUCAAGGCGAAAGAAUCUGAAGUGUCGAAUCUGAGCCACGAGAUCAACCUGCUGCAGGAGAAGAUUAGCUUCUACGCGUUUUACGCCUCGGACGAAGACGAUCAACAGCAGCAGCAGCAAGAGUACAACAACUCGGCGGUCUCGGAUUGGCUGCUCAAAUCUGAUAUUAAGAAAUUGGAAGGAUCUGAAGAUAUUAUUAAGGCUAUUUGUAACGAUGCCGAAGCUGAUGCGAACUCGGACGAGAAGGAGAUCAACCUGGAGGACAGCGUGAUGCAGCUGCAGAAGCGGAUCAUGACGUUGGAGCGUAAUAUCUCACUGUUUAUGGAGAACGACAGCAGGGUCGAGAAUGAAAACAACGAGCCAAACGACAACGCCAGCGUGACUUCGACGUCGACGACCAACACGACGGUUCCGGGUGCCGUGUCCAACGACAACGCCGCCGAUCCCGCGACGAUCGCCGACGGCGAAGAGUGCGACGGAAAUCAGAACGUGCAAAACGCAACCGGAGAGUCCGACUCCCAGCCGUCCACGAACGAGACCACAACGACGACGACGACAGCGGCGGUCACCAUUGCCAACUCGAACGCGGAUCAGCCACAACAAAACCCGCCAAAGCGAUCCUCGUCCGGCACGAAACUGCCGGCCCACCUGAGCUGCGAGCUGAACCAGAACGUGCUGCGACGGAAUCUCAAACACAUCAAGAGCGAGUGCGCGCUGCUGCUGCGGCAGGUCAGCAAGGUGCGCGAGGACAACCGCAAGAGCGACGACAGCGUGGUGGCCAAAGUCAAGUACGACGAGCUGGAGGGCGAGUUGCGAACGCUCAAGCAGGAGCUGGAGUCCCGGCCGCGGUCGGACGAGCUGGACAAGAAGCAGCAGCAGUGCGAUAGUCUGAGCGAAAAUCUGGCCACGUUGCGGAUCGAGGCGGACGAGCUGCGGGCAUUGAACGAUCGCUGCCAGGACGAAAUGGAACGGAUGGAGAAUGAGUUGCUCAAGCAAAAGAACAUGGAGAACGAGAAGCACAGUGCAAUGGCGGCGCUCCACAAGCAGGAGGCGUUCUCGGUUGAGGAAGUCGUCGCCGUGGGGAAGGCUGAAGAAGAGGCGGUGCCAACGAAAGCGAUCGAAGUGGCGUCCGUUGAGACGCAAACCGAAGUCGAGGAACCGGUCGUUUUUAGCGCCGAUGUUAGCGAGAGUGAUGUAUCGAUAUGUUCGAAUCUGGGCGAGUUGGACGAAGACGAUGACGACGAUGAGGAGGACGACGACGAGAAGACGGAAACAAUCGACACUACCGAAAUAUUCGUGGGCCAAAAGUUGCUACAGCUGAACGAAAGUGGCCUCGAAACGACUGACUCAGCGACCAGCAAUAGCCAUAGCAUCAGCAUCAGCAGCAGUCCAAACGAUAGCAAUCUCAGUGUCGAGGAUGAGACGACGCCAGUGACGGUGACCGGCGGCGGAGAACCCAACGGAAGCAUCCUGGAACGGGUCGAGAAUCUGCCGCUGGAGAGCAGUAGCAUCGAGCACGAGCUGGAGCUGAUCAACCAUCCGGAUGUCCAGCGGGAGGAGGAACUGAUUGCAUUCAAGGAGAAAUAUACUCAUCUCACGCAGGAGAACAUCCGGCUCAACCAGCAACUGCAGAAGCUGAGCGACGACUUUAGCCACUUCAAGAGCAAAUCGGUCAUGAAUCUUCUGAUGUACAUAGCGCCCGUUAUUGUUAUCAUUGGUUAUUUACUGUUUAAUCGUGUAGUAUCGUAAAAGCAGCACUAGCAGAUAUUAUUUUGUUCAGUUUAGCUCAGUUGCAGAGAUUAGAGAAUUUAUAAAUAUUUAUUUCAACUUCAGCUAAAAGCAGAGCGAGAGAGCCAGAACAGGAUCUUCAUUUUCGUACUUUAUUUCGCGCGCCUUAAUCACACGAGUUAAAAAUUCAACGCACGAUUUGCAAAACUUCCCCUUCCUUUUUCGGCCAAUAGCUUUAAAAUUUAGGUUUCUUUUCUUUUAAUACAUGUGUCUGUAGUUAAAAUGUAUUUAUUAUAUCGCCCAGAACGAGAAAAUGUACUAACAGUUAUUUAGAGGAAACAAAAACAUGAAAAUCAGACGUGGAAAGUCGUGGCGCAGAAGGAGAAAACAGGAUCAACUCACUCUUCUUUCUGAACGCACGCGCGUGCAUAAUAAUAUUCAAGUAACGAUAGCAAGAAUCACUCUCUUUACAACAACAAAACCACACAACCGUACGAGUUUUAGAAUUACACACAUACACACUUUCCAAGUCCGGUGCGGUGUGGAAGUGGACGCGGACAAUUAUUACGCCCUAUAUCAGGUUAGCUUUUAUAAACUCACAACACCCACACAAACAAAUACACACACACAUUUAAUCUAUAGAGAAUACACGCGCUCCUAAACUAACGUAAAGCUUGAGAAAUUUGCGAAGGUGGUGAAAAUCAGGUCUUCAAACGCGAUUGAAUUGUGGUGUCGUCCUGAACAAGAUCAAAAUCUACAAAAAAUCCCAACUGUACAUUCUCCACACACACAAAAAAAAAAACGCCAUCCCGAAAAAAAAGAAAACUCGAAUAUGAAUCCCGAAGCUCGAGCAUUACACACGUUGUAGCAUAUAUAUUACAGACAAGAGUACAAACCCAGAGAGACGACCCGUGCGCAACACACACGACCUGCACGACACAUGACACGAGGGACAAAUAAUCGCGUGCGUAAGAUUUCUGCGUUUCAAGAGGAAGAGAGAGCCACGUAAAUCGUAAUAAUAAUAUGCCAAUGAAGAGAGUUGCUAAAACGAA